ACUUUCUAAUUGAGGUUAAUAAACACGUGAAGUUGCAGAGUAUGUUUACGUAUUACAUGUAUGUAGAUUUAGUUAUUAUACAGAAUGAAUUUAACUUGAACUAUUCAUAAAAACUGAGAUGUGAAACGUUAAGUGAAAUGUCAAGUUAUUAUGUCAUGUAGAAAAUUAUUUUUAUCAAAAUGUUUAGUAUGGCGCAAAGAUUUUUCUGCAGUAAAAAACAACCGUUCAAUUUUUAUUCACAAGAAUAUGUGUUCAGCGAAGAAAAUAUAAAACGAACAGCAGCAAAAUUUUCUAGUAUGAAACCGAUACGAUUACAUACACAUCAGCCGGCAAAGAGGGCAGCUGUAUUGAUUCCUCUUUGCGAAGUAAACGGUAAGGUGUCGCUACUGUACACGUUAAGAGCUUCCCAUUUGAAAAACCACAGAGGACAGGUUAGUUUUCCAGGUGGAAUGCAAGAUGUGGGCGAUAAAAGUUUGGAAGAUACGGCUCUAAGAGAAACCAAGGAAGAACUCGGUUUGCAUCCAGAUAACAUAGAUCUAUGGGGUAGUGGUAACUUAAUUGUGACCAAAGGUGAAACGUGUGUGUUACCAGUAAUAGGCAGAUUAAUAAAACCUUUAACAGUGAGUAAAUUACAAACUAAUCCGACAGAAGUUGAGGAAGUAUUUACAGUUACCCUAGAAGAAUUAUGUAAUCCAGAUUUGUUAGGAUACACACAAUUUAGAGACCGUUCUUCAAUACCCGUAUUUUUAGGAGGUAAAAGAAGAAUAUGGGGCUUAACAGCAUUGAUUACUAAUAUGUGUCUAUCAGCUUUAUUGCCAAGUAAAGCAUAUUCACAUAAAAUUAAAUAUGUACCUUCAGUCAAAGUUAAAGAAACUAAAUUCAUAUCCACUUGAAAUAUUUGUUUUUCUAUUUUAGUUACAAUUUUAAUUUAUUUCUUAAAUAAAUGUGAUACAUACGUCAUUUUAAUGGAAUUUUUUUUAAUUUAAAAUCGACAUUUUAAACUAGAUAUUUUUACUUAAAUUGACUAGCAUAAAAAAAUCAAACAACUUUUUUUGUCAUUUAUUAAAAAACAAUUUUAUAUUCAUAUCAAUACAUUUAGCAAUAAUUGCAAUAACAAAUUUCUUCUUGAUGUUAUUUUAAAUAAAAAAUUUGAAUAUUAAAUAAAAAAUCAAAAUUAUAAUGAAA